UACCCCUAAAGGUGAUCUGUCAUUGAAAUUGAUUAAAAAGAAAGGAAAAGUUGAAUUCCUGGAAAAUAUGCGGCUGUGUUUUGUGUCCUGUAGGGGGAGACAAAGAAGCUUGGGCAGAAGUAGCUGUUACACUAACAAUUACAUUAAACAGACAGAGAGCGGAGAGAUCCCAAGGUCCCAGAGACUGAGGGCUGGGGAAAGUCAUGUUGAAUGAUCUGCUUCAUUAACAGACACGACUCUCAGAGUGAGUUCAAGAAGGAGAUAGAGAAGCCACAACUUGGGCAAAGAAAUCUAAAGCUACUGGUUUGUAACAAGCAGCAGAGUUGGGACCCAACUUCCAGAUUGUAUCGGACCCCAAGCUUCUUACUGGACCCCACAAAAGACGUCUCGCUUCAUGGCAACUUGGACUGCUCACUCCUAGGACCUUGUCUUGCUGCUAGGACUCUGCCAUGGAUCUGGAAGAUGAGAACGAAACCCUGCGACGAUUCUUUGAAGGACACGAUAUCAAUGGAGCCCUGGAGCCAUCCAACAUCGACACCAGUAUCCUAGAAGAAUAUAUCAGUAAAGAAGACUCCUCCGAAAUCUGUUUCCCAGAAAUUCCUUCCUCAGGCAACUAUGGCAGCUCUCAGCCUUGCGGAUCCUCCGGAGUUCACCUGCCCAGUGUCCUUUCCAAUGUUGGUCACACAGGCAGUAUUAUUUCCAGUGGGGUCCAUCACUUAGCUCAGCAAAUGGCAAUACGGCCGGGUCCAGGGCCUACAUGCGGGGAGUCUCCGUACCCUCCACACCUGAACUGCAAUAAUAACAAUGUCAUGCUCAGCCUCAAAGGAUAUCCAGGUCCCAUGUGCUUGAGCAACCAAGGCCUCCCCAUCAAGGCAGAACCAAAAACCAGCUACGCAGCCGGCACUUUACCUGACUCUCCCCCAGACUCUGGAUCAGAGGCAUACUCCCCUCAGCAGCUUAAUGAUCCACACCUGCUUCGCACGAUGACCCCAGAAAACAUAUGCCACAUCACCCCACCUUCUCGCCUAGAGCACCCCCCUCCACCUCACUUACAGGGCCCGUUACCUCCCCACCCCGUCCACCAACAGCACUAUCCCGGCAUGCAACGGGAACUGUAUAUGAAAGUGGAGUCCAUGAUGCCACAGUACCAAAACCUUGGACCUGCGAUGCCUCCCGCAGACCUACAUCAUGUCCAGCAGUCGCAAAUGCUCCACCAGCUUCUCCAACAGCAACAUGGAGCAGAGCUCCCAGUCCAUCCUUCAAAGAAGAGGAAACACUCAGAUUCUCCAACCAACACCUUGAGGGAGCAGAUAUCCAAUGGAGGCAUGGUGAAACAGGAGCCGGGUCUCAUACAAGACAAUGACAGUCUAAACGGUUCCUAUCUUGACCCCAAUUACCAAUCUAUAAAAUGGCAGCCUCAUCAGCAGAACAAGUGGGUCCCUCUUUAUGAUGCCAGCUACAAGGAACUACCCAUGCCCACCUACAAAGUGGAUGCAGACAAGGGCUUUAACUUUUCAACUGGAGACGAUGCCUUUGUGUGCCAGAAGAAAAACCAUUUCCAGGUCACAGUGUACAUCGGAAUGAUUGGAGAGCCGAAAUACGUGAAGACACCCGAGGGCAUCCUACCCAUUGAAUGUUUCUUCCUUAAACUGAAUGGUGCAAAGCUGGAGGCCAUAAAUCAGUCAAUUAGCAUCGAGCAGUCACAGUCCGACCGCAGCAAGCGGCGAUUUCUUCCUGUAACGCUAUCCGUUCCCCCAGAUCAAGUCACUAAAGUGACAGUUGGCAGGCUGCAUUUCAGUGAGACCACCUCAAAUAACAUGAGGAAGAAAGGAAAGCCCAACCCAGACCAGAGAUAUUUCAUCCUGGUUGUGGCUCUCCAGGUUCAAGCGCAGAAUCAGAUGUACCUGAUGGCAGCACAAGCCUCUGAGCGCAUCAUAGUCAGGGCUUCUAACCCAGGACAGUUUGAGAGCGACAGUGAGGUGCUGUGGCAACGCGGGCAACUGCCGGACACGGUCUUCCAUCAUGGCAGGAUUGGCAUCAACACGGAACGACCAGAUGAAGCACUUGUGGUACAUGGCAAUGUCAAGAUCAUGGGCUCUCUCAUGCACCCGUCUGAUAUCCGAGCCAAGGAAUCCGUCGAGGAGGUGGAUACAACAGAACAGUUGAAACGGAUCUCUCAGAUGCGCCUUGUUCAUUAUCACUACAAACCUGAGUUUGCCAGCACUGUGGGACUAGAUGAAAAUGCAGCAGAAACAGGGGUGAUCGCUCAGGAGGUGCAGGAGAUUCUCCCUGAAGCAGUUAAGGAAAGUGGAGAUUUGGUAUGUGCAAAUGGAGAGACCAUUGAAAACUUCCUGGUAGUAAACAAGGAACGGAUCUUCAUGGAGAAUGUGGGAGCUGUUAAGGAACUCUGCAAACUGACGGACAACCUGGAAACCCGCAUUGAUGAGCUGGAAAGGUGGAGCCGCAAACUGGCCAAACUCCGGAGGCUGGACAGCAUGAAAAGCACUAACAGUCACAGCGGGAGUAGUCAGUUCAGCCGUGCAGGGAGUGUGCCUUAUAAGCAACGUCCCCCCAAAGUCAUGGGCAAGACUGUCCCUGCAGGCCAAAGAUGUGUCAGUCAGCGGUUCCUUCAGGCAAUAAUCAUUGUUCUGGUUAUUAUCAUGGCUUUCAGUGUCCUCUCCAUGACAACACUGUAUGUAUUGAACUUGCGCAGUGAAGACGACUUGUUGGGCAUCGACGGCUCUAUCACUCCGCCUGGUAGCUGUACUCUGACUUUCUUCCGACAGAUCCGCCUUACUCUUCCUUAUGCUCUAUGCACUGGGUCUAGCCAAAACUUUGACACCACGCAACUGAAAGGCAACACAACCACUCCUCCGAAUAUAACGAAAAGUCCAGACUGGCAUCAAGAUCCUCCGCUCACCAUUAACCUCUGCAUGAAUCCUCCUUGUGAAGCCGUCUGCUGCCCUCGUAUUCUAAGCUCACCGUCUCCCACCAUCACCUGGAAAACCUCAGCCGAAACCAUCGCACAGACAGACCCUGCUUCAUCCACAAUUAUUAAGAAAGGAAAGUCUCGCAAUCUGGACAAGAACCGCAACUCCCUGCAGACCCUUCCCAGACCAGUCAGUCCGUUGCCACCUCACACCCAGGGCAAAAAUAAACACAGCCCCAACAGUCUUCCAGUGCAGGACGUCCGCAGUAGGAGGAGCUUGGAGGAGGAAAGUACGCCCGUUACACCAAUGGACAAGACUCAAGGGAAUAGUAAUGGAUCUCGCUACUCUCUUACUUCCUUGCGGCUGCUGGAGACGGACACAUUCAUUACUAACCAAUCAUGUGCCUCGCUGGAUACCUGUGGGUCAGGAAAUUACACCUAUAAACUCCCCAUCAGCAAAUACAGUCCUCUGUCCGGCAGCCUCACCCUGGAGCUCAAUUCCUCCUCACCUGUAUCAGUGAACUUUUGUGAAACAUCAGAAGGAAAGGGCUGCCAGGAAUCAGCAGCCGUCACAUCUCCCAGGAAUCAAGGCUGCCCCCAGGGGACAGAUGUGUGUGUCAUGCAGGUCUCUCCCACGUCUCAUUUAUGGUCCCUGCAGUUACUUCCCUCGCAAGAUUUCACCUUCCACCUGCGCGUGUCUCCUCCGGCUGCCUCGGCCUGUGACGAUCUCUCCAUUGAUCCCUCGCAAGUUACAGACUAUUAUUUCACAUUUUAUCGGCUUUGCGACUAAUCCCCGGUGCAGGUGACAGCGGCAGAGAAUUACCUGCCUACAAUAGUUUUCCCUCCUUAAACUGGAAAGAGGCUGACCCUAAAAGCCCCCCAAACAGACUGCGGGCAGCCACGGGGCCCCUCACUGGAAGCGCAACACUGGAGCAGACGGAGCACCACUGGAACUUUAUGGGUCAACUGGAAGCAAGAAAACACUGGAUCUAGAGGGGGGUCUACGCUUAACUGGAGGCAAGACAAUAGAGCAAUAAGCAGGAGGAAUGGAUUAACAAUGAGUGCAGACCCUCUUAUUGAAUUAUUGUGAUUCUGUUACAAACCUUCCAUUCCCCACCUUUGUUUAUCUACGUUACAGGAAAAUUUGCACCCUUGCCCCCCCCCAUCUGUCUCACCUCCCACGAAGGGUUUCGCCAAAGCGUUUGUAUAAGCGAGCGGCAGCCCGACCAAUGAGAAGUUACUGAAAGUUUUGGACAAUUUUUUUUUUUUUUUUAGCAUUUUAUGUGGAUUUUUUAUUUUCUCUUUUUCUUGUUGGAGAAUCUGUGUUUUUUUUUGUAUUUAAUUGUCUAACCACUGAAGUGCACUUAUUAUUAUUAUUAUUAUUAACGCGGCAGUGAGAACCAAAAAACACCCCCGCGCUCUAUAGUUUGGGCAGGCGCAACCAUUUUGCUCAGCAGGGGUGGGGUUGAUGGCGCACCAAAGACUCUUUGAGAGAGCGCAGAGCCGUGCAAAUCGAUGUCGUCGCAUAAACCGAAAGUCUUGCAAUUUAAUGCCGAAAAGUCUUUUUUUUUCCUUCCCUCCUUAUUACAAAUGAUGCUCUUAAAUUUUAAUUUGUAUUGUAAAUAGUUUCCUUGCAAUAAUCAGAGACGCUAAUCGCCUGGAACAGUUUAACCAAUUCAAAGCACAAGGGAUUAACCCGUUGGUAAGGUGCCUCGUUUCAGGGAAUUGGUUAAACCCUAUUUUUUAAACGUUUAAUUUUUUUUUUUUUUUCAGAUUUGUAUUUAUAUUUCCCCAUGUUCCUGCCCUAUCCCGCUCUGACUCUUCCUGGGACUGGAUAAUCCUGUCUGCAACAUAAAUACCCACAAUAUAUAGUGAAUAAA